AGCCAAGGCAGCUACCCAAAAGCCCCCCUGCCCCGGUCUCUCGCCCGCUCCACUAAACUAAACUUCCUAAAGGUACACUCUUAUUUACCGCAAUAUCAAGAAGUAGAAACUGUGAAUCUCGCUAAUCUUCUCAGCAGCAGAGAGCUACCUGAACUCGCUAUCGCCGAUUGCUGGACGGAACCUAACGCCAUGCAGCCGGGAGAGACCAUUUCGCGGUCUCCUCUUGACAAACCCAUUCACCAACUCACUGAAGAUGACAUUUCUCAGCUCACUCGCGAAGAUUGCCGGAGAUACCUAAAAGAAAAAGGCAUGAGACGGCCUUCGUGGAACAAAUCGCAGGCAGUCCAGCAGGUGAUCUCUCUCAAAACGCUUCUCGAAGCGACACCGGAUACUCGGAGAAAGCUCUACAUUCCCCGUCCAGAUAACCCUCAUCGUGCCCCUGCAAAUUCCUCUGUUUCAGUGAAGGAAACGAGCCCCGAUAAACAGAUCUCCGCAUCGCCUGAGGAACCUGUUCCGUUUCCACGACAUGAUCCCACAAAGCAUGAUUCUCAUGUAGAUCUCCCGGCCCGUCUCGUUGCCACCGAUAAUGACUCGGUUUCCCCGAGGAUUAAGACCACAGCAAAUGAGCCUGUAGGACAGAUGACAAUUUUUUAUUGUGGGAAGGUUAACAUUUAUGAUGAUGUACCAAGAGACAAGGCACAAGCAAUAAUGCAGCUUGCUGCAUAUCCACUCUCAUUUUCUCUGGAAACUUCGUCUGAUACAGUUCCAGCAUUAUGGCCCAUUCCAAGCCGACUGGAAAGUCCAGGUGUCAAAGCAGCGCCUAUUUCGCCUAUGUUGAUCUUUCCUGCCCUGCAGACAGGUAAAGUGGCCGAUAAUUGUGAGCUGCCCAGGGAAGAGAGCAACAUGUCACAUGAAGACAGCCUAGAAGGCCCAGCAAGUAGAAAAGCAUCAGUACAGAGAUAUCUUGAAAAGCGAAAAGACAGGUUCAAGAACAAGAGAAAGGUGGCAAUGCCUUCAUCUGCUAGCUCGGACAUGAACUUCAAUUAUCGAGAAGGAGAUCAAUUCUCAAAUGAUCAAUGGAACCUUAGUGGUGCAUUCUCUUCUCCUCAACCCAGACCACCUCAAAUGCCAACACAAUGCAGCUCGGUUGAGAAUACAGCAAAACAUUCCUAUCUCCCUGCUGAUCUCAAUGGCAGAGAUAUACAAGAAUGUUGAAUAUGGAGAGGAUGAUUCUGUUAUGUAAGAUACUCUAUCACUAUGAGCAAGGACUUGCGUGUUCCACUUGACCAUUUCUACUUUCUGAUGUCACGUAAGAAGGCUAUAGGGAGUAGCUUCUUUGGAAGAGUUUGUGCUAGGAAGAUAAAGUGUAUUGUAGAGGUUUCCGUAGUCAAGCAGAAAACAAAUUCUAAGUUCAGAUUUAUCUAAAUUUAUUCACCCUA